CAUUCGUUCUCUUCCACCGCCCUGAGGAACGCAGUGAACUAGCCUUCCCCCUGCUCUUCCGUUCCCCUGUCGUGAUGUACUGGGGCCUUGGUGGUGACUCCUCCCAUUGUCUGGUGGUGAGGGAGGGACACAUGCUGCUGAGAUUGCAGAUGUUGAGACCUGUGCAAAUUUUGCGCAUCUAGUCAACACUUACCAAAACAAACACUCCUCUUUUCUUUGCUGUGCAACAACCAAUAGGAAAGCAGGGCUUCAUUCUGAAAAUUCUACUACAUCUAUAUGGAGUCACAUUUUAGAACACUGUGGAUCACUUUCCUGGACAUCUUUUCCAAGUUGCAUCAACAAGUUUCUAGGACUGCAGUUAAGGAAUAUUUCUUUACAUUGCCAUUUUGAGCAAGCCUAGGACUAGUUUGUUCCUGGAAGACAAACUGAUGCAUGCUCAUGUUUGGGAAGUUACUCCACACUGCACUGUCCGUAGACGACUGGGAUAAUAAGAGCAUACUUUCAACUGGAGAUACAGAUGAUCCACCAAGAAUUACUCAAAAUCCUGUCAUCAAUGGGAAUGUAGCUAUGGCCGAUGGACACAACAACACAGAAGAAGACAUGGAAGAUGACACAAGUUGGCGAUCAGAAGCAACGUUUCAGUUUACAGUUGAGCGUUUCAACAGGCUCAGUGAGUCAGUGCUCAGUCCUCCUUGCUUUGUACGGAAUUUGCCAUGGAAGAUUAUGGUGAUGCCACGACUGUACCCAGACAGACCACACCAAAAAAGUGUAGGAUUCUUUCUUCAGUGCAAUGCUGAAUCUGAUUCCACGUCAUGGUCUUGCCAUGCACAGGCAGUUCUCAAGAUAAUAAAUUACAAGGACGAUGAAAAAUCAUUCAGUCGUCGUAUUAGUCACUUGUUCUUUCAUAAGGAGAAUGACUGGGGCUUUUCCAACUUUAUGGCAUGGAGUGAAGUUACUGAUCCUGAAAAAGGAUUUAUAGAGGAUGACAAGGUUACUUUUGAAGUCUAUGUUCAAGCGGAUGCUCCACAUGGAGUGGCGUGGGAUUCAAAGAAGCACACGGGAUAUGUUGGGUUAAAGAACCAGGGAGCAACCUGUUACAUGAACAGUUUGUUACAGACUUUAUUUUUCACAAAUCAACUACGAAAGGCUGUGUACAUGAUGCCCACAGAAGGAGAUGACUCAUCCAAAAGUGUUCCUUUAGCAUUGCAGAGAGUAUUCUAUGAACUUCAGCACAGUGACAAACCAGUAGGAACUAAAAAGCUAACAAAAUCCUUUGGGUGGGAAACUUUAGACAGUUUCAUGCAACAUGAUGUUCAGGAAUUAUGUCGAGUGUUGCUUGAUAAUGUGGAAAAUAAAAUGAAAGGCACGUGUGUAGAGGGCACUAUCCCUAAAUUAUUCAGAGGAAAGAUGGUGUCUUACAUUCAGUGCAAACACGUAGACUAUCGGUCUGAACGAAUAGAGGAUUAUUAUGACAUCCAGCUAAGUAUAAAGGGAAAGAAAAAUAUAUUUGAGUCCUUCAUUGAUUAUGUUGCAGUAGAACAGCUGGAUGGUGAUAACAAAUACGAUGCAGGAGAACAUGGCUUACAGGAGGCAGAGAAAGGUGUGAAGUUCCUAACAUUGCCACCGGUGUUACAUCUUCAGCUCAUGAGAUUUAUGUAUGACCCUCAAACUGACCAAAACAUCAAGAUAAAUGAUAGGUUUGAAUUUCCUGAGCAGUUGCCACUUGAUGAAUUUUUACAAAAAACAGACCCCAAAGAUGCUGCAAAUUACAUCCUUCAUGCAGUACUAGUACAUAGUGGAGAUAACCAUGGCGGACAUUAUGUUGUUUACUUAAAUCCUAAAGGGGAUGGCAAAUGGUGUAAAUUUGAUGAUGAUGUUGUAUCGAGAUGUACAAAGGAAGAAGCAAUUGAACACAAUUAUGGAGGUCAUGAUGAUGACUUAUCCGUUCGGCACUGUACUAAUGCUUACAUGUUGGUUUACAUCAGGGAAUCAAAAUUAAGUGAAGUUUUGCAGCCUGUCACAGACCAUGAUAUUCCUCAACAAUUAGUAGAACGGCUACAAGAAGAAAAGAGAAUAGAGGCUCAGAAGAGGAAGGAGAGGCAGGAAGCUCACCUCUACAUGCAAGUGCAGAUAGUGACAGAGGACCAGUUUUGUGGCCACCAAGGCAAUGAUAUGUAUGAUGAAGAAAAAGUGAAAUAUACUGUGUUCAAAGUAUUAAAAAACUCCACACUUGCAGAAUUUGUUCAAAACCUCUCUCAAACAAUGGGAUUUCCACAGGAUCAAAUACGGUUGUGGCCGAUGCAAGCAAGAAGUAAUGGAACUAAACGACCAGCGAUGUUAGAUAAUGAAGCAGAUGGCAAUAAAACUAUGAUUGAGCUCAGUGACAAUGAAAAUCCAUGGACAAUAUUCUUGGAAACAGUAGAUCCAGAGAUGGCAGCUACUGGAGCAACAUUACCCAAGUUUGAUAAAGAUCAUGAUGUAAUGUUGUUUCUGAAGAUGUAUGAUCCAAAGACUCGGAGUUUGAAUUACUGUGGACAUAUCUAUACACCUAUAUCCUGUAAAAUACGUGACUUGCUUCCAGUUAUGUGUGAGAGAGCAGGAUUUCCCCAAGAAACUAACCUUAUCCUCUAUGAGGAAGUUAAACCGAAUUUAACAGAGAGAAUUCAAGACCAUGAUGUAUCUCUUGAUAAGGCUCUUGAUGAACUCAUGGAUGGUGACAUCAUAGUGUUUCAGAAGGACGACCCAGAAAAUGAUAACAGUGAAUUGCCAACAGCAAAAGAAUACUUCAGAGACCUUUACCACCGUGUUGAUGUCAUUUUCUGUGAUAAGACUAUCCCCAAUGAUCCCGGAUUUGUUGUUACUUUAUCCAAUAGAAUGAAUUACUUUCAGGUUGCGAAGACUGUUGCACAAAGACUUAAUACAGACCCAAUGCUACUACAGUUUUUCAAGUCCCAAGGUUAUAGGGAUGGCCCAGGUAAUCCUCUUAGACAUAAUUAUGAAGGUACUUUAAGAGAUCUCCUGCAGUUCUUCAAACCUAGACAACCUAAAAAACUUUAUUAUCAGCAGCUUAAAAUGAAAAUUACUGACUUUGAAAACAGGAGAAGUUUUAAGUGCAUAUGGCUAAAUAGCCAGUUUAGGGAAGAGGAAAUAACACUAUAUCCAGAUAAACAUGGGUGUGUACGGGACCUGUUAGAAGAAUGUAAAAAAGCAGUAGAACUCUGUGAGAAAGGUUCAGGAAAACUAAGGCUUCUAGAAAUUGUAAGCUACAAAAUAAUUGGUGUCCAUCAGGAAGAUGAGCUGUUAGAGUGUUUAUCACCAGCAACAAGUCGAACGUUUCGAAUAGAGGAAAUCCCUCUGGACCAGGUAGAUAUAGAUAAGGAAAAUGAGAUGCUAAUCACAGUAGCACAUUUCCACAAAGAGGUUUUUGGGACAUUUGGAAUUCCAUUCUUGCUGAGGAUACACCAGGGUGAACACUUCAGAGAGGUGAUGAAGCGGAUUCAAACAAUGCUGGACAUCCAAGAAAAAGAAUUUGAAAAGUUUAAGUUUGCCAUUGUAAUGAUGGGUCGACACCAAUACCUAAAUGAAGAUGAGUAUGAAGUGAACUUGAAAGAUUUUGAGCCCCAACCUGGCAACAUGUCUCAUCCAAGGCCAUGGCUAGGGCUUGACCAUUUCAAUAAAGCCCCAAAGAGAAGUCGCUACACUUACCUUGAAAAAGCUAUUAAAAUCCAUAACUGACUUACCCAACCAGUUUGUUCAAGGCAAGGGACAAAUGUCAGUGUGUGUGUGCACCUUUUUAACAACAGUAGAACUUUGGUACACGUGCACUAUAUCUGAAGUCUUCAGCAAGAGGAUUUGCUGCUGAUGUUAAUUUUAUUUUGUUGAGGCUGUUCAGUUUGGCUUCUCUGUAUCUAUUGACUGCCCUUUUUGAGCAAAAUGAAGGUGUUUUUAUAAAGCUUGGAUGCCAAUGAGAGUUAUUUUAUGGUAAACGUAAUGCAAGGCAAUUGUCAGCAUAAUGAGGGAAGAGUUAGUAGAACAGUUGACAUUGGCAAAAUAUUUGUCUGUAGUACGUUUAUAGAUGGCAUAAGCUGUCUGGCUGCCCUUCCUGGUGUGGUAUUCCCCAUCACUGCAGCUAGUAAGUCUUAUGUUUAGACUCACAUCAGAUUUAUUUCCUUCAGUUAUACUUUAAAUGACAUUUUUGUGCAUUUGUAAAUGCAGAAAACCUCACAUCAUCAAUAAAUAGCAAUCUCUACUUCAUUGUGUACAUUGUUGGCACUUAUUUGGGAUUUUUGUCUCCUCCAGCUUCAUAGGAUCCUUUUUUAAUAAACUAGUUCCUAUGUUGUUCAGUCGCUACUUGCAUCCCAUUUUGCCAAGUGGAUGCUCUGGGUCCUAAAAGAUAUUAGGGCGUUUUUAUUCAAUUGAAAAACAUUGACAAAUACCAUUGCGGAUUACUAUGCUGCCUUUUGACAAAUAGAAUGACACUCAAAGUUGGCAAAAGCAGGAUUAUAAAUAUAAUUAAUUUAGUUAACAUGGGAAGAGAUGGGAAAAAAACACAAGAAAUAGCCUUUCAGCACAGAGGGCAUGCUCACUAGUGUUUUAGUAAGCUGUUGACUUUGUAAAAAAAUAAAUAAAAACAAAAAACAAAACAAAAAAAACAAAAAACAAAAAGAAAUUGUAUAUUUAAUGAACAUGUACAAUUUAACACUUGGAGGUUAAUUUUGUUGGGUGAGUCUGCAAGUGAAUUUCACUGAUGUUGAUAUUCAUUGUGUGUAGUUUUAUUUCAGUCCCCAGACUGCUUCCUUUUAUUUUGGAGCUAAUGCCAGCUGAGUGUCUAGUUUUGAGUGCAGUACAAAUAGAAUCAGUAAUUCACACUUUUAAUUUUACAUUCUUUUCCAGUACUUUAUUUUGUUUCUGUAGCCGCAGUGUACAACAACUCUUCCUGUAUAUUGCCUUUUUUGCUGGAAAAUGUUGUAUGUUGAAUAAAAUUUUCUAUAAAAUUUUACUUCGAUGAGUGAUGACGUGGAGGUUGAAGAAGAUUUCUACUCUCCCUGGAAGUACAGUUUUCAUUUAUAAUAAGGUUUUACUGAGAUGUAUUUUUUUUUCUAGUAUUGCCAAUGUAUAUCCCUGGAUUUGGUUGGUUUUUGGGUUUGGGAGCGGUCUGGGAGGGAUUGUUUUGUUUUGUGAAUUUUUUUGAUUCUGUUUCUUUUGUUGGUGUUUUGCCUCUAACUAGUCACAUUCGAGCUUAGGAAAUAAAAGGUUUUCCAGGAGGGAACCAUGUACAAAUAAGAUGAAUGAAAAAUUAUUUUACUAGUUUGUUUGUAAAGCUGUAGUAGAGUCUUUGUAGUAGACUUGACUCUGCCUGCCUUGUACAAAACUUUUUGUUGUCCAGAAUCUCAAAUCUAAUAUUAUAAACGGUGUAAAGUAAAAUCUGGAGUCUCUAAAGGUAAGCUCUCAAUAGAUUUAUAGAUUAUUGCUGUAAUGUGUUCCUUGUAUUCAUAAUCAAAAACAUUCUUAGAAGCUUACUUUCAUUAGACCUGUCAAUAAACAUUUAAUAGGGGUUA